UCAUACUGUAAUAACGCCGAUUUCUACAACGAUCCAUCAACGGGCUAUUGGGGUUGGAUGUUUGUGAUGUCGAAAGCACCUGAACUUGGCGACACGCUCUUUUUGGUACUGCGUAAAAGACCGGUUAUUUUUAUGCAUUGGUAUCAUCAUGCGCUAACGUUCCUCUACGCACAAGUUACAUACUCAGAAAAACAAGCAUGGUGUCGAUGGAGUUUAGCGCUCAACCUAUCUGUCCAUACCAUUAUGUACUUUUAUUUCGCCAUUCGCGCACUUCACUUCAAAACACCACGUGCCAUUGCACAGUUCAUAACAACGAUACAAAUUGUACAAUUCGUCAUUAAUUGCUACAUUUUCGCUCAUUUGUUCUACAUCAAGUACACCGAUUCAAUACCGGAGUGUCAAGUGGCGUAA